UAGGGCUGUUUUUGCCGCUUCCCUUGCAGUUGAGAAGUAAUAAUGAAGCUGUGUCAGUCCAUCAUGGACAUGGAUAUGCCAGAUUACGUCGACUCCUUGGACUCCUCUUAUACCAUGCUAGAAUUUGAAAACCUUCGGGUUCUUCCAAAUAACACUGAGGAGGCUAACGGGCGCUGUUCAAUGCCCGCAGAGACCAUCACAGCUGAAUCAGCCAACACCAACCUGCUCAACAAUGGCAUUGGUUCCCUUUGCUCCAUCUGCGGGGACCGGGCGACAGGCAAACAUUACGGGGCGUCCAGCUGUGAUGGCUGCAAAGGCUUCUUCAGGAGGAGCGUCCGCAAGAACCACGUCUAUUCCUGCAGGUUCAGCCGACAGUGUGUGAUAGACAAAGACAAGAGGAACCAGUGCAGGUACUGCAGGCUGAAGAAAUGCUUCAGAGCCGGCAUGAAGAAAGAAGCGGUGCAGAAUGAGCGCGACAGGAUCAGCAUCCGUAGGAGCAGCUAUGAAGACAAUGGCUCGCUGUCCAUCAGUGUGCUCACCCAGGCCGAGGCAAUGGCACAGCAGUAUUUGCCACUGAGCCCCGUGCACAGCGCUGAUAUAGCAAUGAAGAAAGUGGCGACCAUCAAUGAUGUGUGUGAGUCUAUGAAGCAGCAGCUGCUGGUGCUGGUGGAGUGGGCCAAGUACAUCCCUGCGUUCUGCGAGCUGCCACUGGAUGACCAGGUCGCCUUGCUCAGAGCCCAUGCAGGGGAACACCUUCUCCUUGGGGUAGCCAAGCGAUCCAUACCCUACACCGACUUUCUAUUAUUAGGGAAUGACUUCAUCAUCCCAAUGCACUGUCCAGAGCUAGAAAUCGCUCGUGUGGCCACCAGGAUCUUAGAUGAGCUGGUGAAGCCCUUGAGGGACAUCCAGAUCGAUGACAACGAGUACGCAUGCCUUAAAGCCAUCAUCUUCUUUGAUCCAGACUGCAAAGGCUUGAGUGAGCCAGGGAAGGUGAAGAACAUGCGUUUUCAGGUCCAGGUCAACCUGGAGGACUACAUCAAUGACCGCCAAUACGAUUCCCGUGGACGUUUCAGCGAUAUUCUCCUGCUGCUGCCCCCACUGCAGAGCAUCACCUGGCAGAUGAUCGAGCAGGUCCAGUUCAUCAAGCUCUUUGGUGUGGCGAGGAUCGACAGCUUGCUGCAGGAGAUGCUGCUGGGAGGAACCAGCAUUGAUGUCCAGUACCAGUCAGGACCUCCCAGUCUCAACCUGGACCCAUUGCCAGGACAUGUCCUCCCAAGCAACAUGAGCUCUGUGAUUCAUGCUGUCCCAGACCCAUCUCCUGAACCAUCCCUUCCAUCUCCUUCUACAAGCACAGGCAGCGAAGACUAUAAACUAGGCUCUAGUGCAGGGCCAAGCGCCGUAGCACAGCUCUUACCUCAGACACUGAUACCCAAGCAGGAGAUUUUAUAGGGAGAGGUAGAAGGAGAAGCUGGGAGCAAUGUGGGAACCACGCAGAAUGUGAACCAGGUCCUUUCUUUUUGCAGAGGCAAAGCACAGCAAUCCCCUGCCUGCCACCGGACCUGGGGGUCACGCUCUUCCCUGUCAGUGAGUAAAGCAGAGGGCACCAAGCUGCAGCAGGAGCCACAGCACGGGUCAUCCCACAGCUCAUCCCACUGAUCUCACCCUCAUUUCACACGUGAUUGGGGUUAAUGCUCGUCUCGUAGGACCAAGACUGUAAGCUCUUCAGAGCAGGUCUUGAUUGCGUUUGGUAUCACUUAGCUCCCUGUGGUCAGAACCCUUUCGAAGCCUCUGGUUGCUAUCAUCAUAAAAACAAACACCUGAUGCAGCUCCUGUUAAUUGGCAAUGAGUACAGCCUGCAUUAUCAGUAUGGAAAGGUCUAUCCUCAUUAAAAAUGUAAUUACACUCUUAAUUUUCCCACUGCAAAUUAAGCUUUAGGAAGAAUAUCUUCCUAACUCUUUCAUCUUCAUUACUCUUCCAGAUGUGACUUGUUCCACAUAGACCAGCUAACCUUUACUACUGCUCAGUUCUUAGUUGUGAUCGGGAAUGGCAAGGUCUCAACGUUUUGUCAUUUUCCAUACUUGACAAUGUAUCUGGAGUCCACCCACGAGUUAUUUGCACCCUCUACUUUAUUGGAAUAUCCAUCUACUACCACUCAGACAGCAGAAAGGAGCUCUGCAUCUGACUAUGGUCUGGCAAAACCCACAAUGAGCAGUAAGCUCAAGAAACCACCUCUAACCAUGAUACUACUUAAAACAAUCCCAACAGAUGACUAUACAACCUCAAGCUGAAGCACAGUCACCGGUACUGUGUUUAUUUGUAUACAUUGAACAUCACUAGAAAGCAGACUCCUGGAUUUCUAUAGAGCUUAUGUUCCUUCCUGUAAAGCCCAAUGACCCUCACCAGUCAGCUCUUGAUGCAUUAAGAUGGACUCCUAGUGAAAUGCAAGGUGCAAUGGGGAGUUCUUUGUUCUUGCAUGGCACAUUAAACCCACAAGCACCGAUCCCUGCCAUCACAAUGCUGAGAUGACAGUGCCCAGCAAAGGCUUUGUGAGGCUUGUGAAGCACUCUGAGAUCCUCAGAUGGAGCAAACUACAGAAAUGCAAUCUCACUGAAAAAGGAAGAGCAGCCAAACCUGCCCCCAGAGGGUGUUACUUUGUACUCAGGUUAUUUCUCACUGCUUGGGGAGACAUUUUAGAGUUACCGUUCUACAGUACAACAGAGGUCUGAAAACCACUGAAGACUGGGUUGAUUCCACUCAGCAUCUCAGUGUUUUAUUUUUCUAAUGCCUAUGAUGAAUUUGACCUGAUAUUACAUGCUGAUAACUUCGAUUUGACACAGCUAUAGCUGGAGAACAAAUUCCACUGCAAGCAUUCCUGCUGUGUCCAUUCUUGUGUAACAUCGCUUCCAGUUCCUCCAUCAUGUAAAUUACACUGCUUUUCUAGAAAUUAAAUAUACAUUUAUACUCAUUAAUGGUAAGAAAAUAAAUCUAGUGGAAAUAAAUUCCAUAUGGUUCACAGUUCUUUAAAUGACAGCUUGCCUUUCUUGUUUAAUUGGAAGUUUUCAAGAUUCUCUGUUGACUUCUGCAAUGCAAAUGACUUUGGGAUUAUAUACCCAUAACAUAAGCAAAAGAACCAUCUAUGUCUGCAAAAUACAGCAUCCCCAUGAGAUCAAUAUAAUUAACAAUCUAAGUUACUACUUAACUGAAGAAAAUAAAGUUGAUCUGGCACAAGUAGGUAACAGAUUCAGGUUCAGUGCAUAGUCAGUCUGGUAAAGACUUCAGAAAACAAUAAUUUGUUAUCUUAUGACAGGCCUGCAUUUAGGGCCAGAACAGAAUCAGAGCAAAAGUCUUUCUGGCAUCUCUACAUCAAAUGCCACCCCUAAAUUAAAACCAUGUUCUUGGAAAGAACAUACUUACUUUGGAAUAGUGUCAGCCAUUGCUUGAUAUACCUAUAGAUUACAAACCUAAGGAUGCAACACCAUUACCCUGAAAAGACUUAAAUAUGCACAUACACGUGCAAAACCAAAUUAUACAUAUGGGGCAGAAGUUAAUCAACUUUAAGACUUCAAUUAAUUACUUUAUUUCUUUCUUUACAUUAAAAAAUUACAACGUAACAAGGGUUUGAAAAGCCAAGUAAACCUGAUUUCACACACGCACACACUUGCUAAGUCACAGAGUUCAUCCGUUUGAAGUGAUAUUUUCUGAUUCUCAUCAGGAUAUUUUAUUAAACAAUAUACACAUUGAGAGCCUCAUGACAAAGCCAGACACAUUUUUUUUUUCCCAGCAUUUAAGAUGUGCAACUGAAUAUGCAAAGAUUCUCGUGGAACUUCUGCCUUCCCCUUUACUUGUGUGAGAUACAGCUUUGUUCAACUGGCUGCAAUUUCAAUGGCUGUGUCCACCCCUGUGUCCACUCUCCAGACUUACACACCAUCUCCCCUAAAUAAAGUGAACGUACUACACAGUAUUGCACAGUUCUGUUUGCAGGGUCAUUGGUAAUAAAGGGACCCUUUGCUAAGUUCACUCACACAAUAGUAUAAAACCUGAUGAAUCGAGAUGCCACAGACAGCUACAAAGAAAUGGAGAAGCAGGUGACUGAAGAAUGGAAGCAUAACUCCUGUGGUAAGUAAACUUACUCACGUAAGAUUCUUGAGCACACUGAACUGCUUGAAGUGGGACAGAUCAUCAGUGCAACUUGCAAGGAAAAGCAAGAACAGGACAAUUUUAAGGCAAGUCCCAGAACAGGGAGCAAAUUACUUUCUAGGCACGAUUUCAAGCUCUGCAUCAAGGCUCCUUUUUUAUCCUUUAUAUUGUCAGUAACUUCUAGAAGAAAAAAUAGUUUUAAUUUUUCAAGAAUCCACUUGCAGUUGAAUUUCAUUACUGGCAAUUUUCAUUUCAUUACUCGCAGACUUACAAACGUUUCUGAGCACUACUGUUGUUUGUCAGGCCCACAUAAAGCAGUUCUAGAUCUAUACUGUUCUCUUGAAAGCAAUUUUGGAUGGAAGAUGUUAAAACUGAAAUUAAUCCCUUUUAUUGCAGAUUUUUCUACUUUGAAGACAUGUUGUACUUGAGAAAGAGGCAAGCUGUGUCAGCACUAAAGGAACCUCCCUCAUUCUUCUCAUUUCUCUGCUCAUGGGACCAUUUUGCUCAUGGGACCAUGAAUUAACAGUUUUCCCUCCAUGAAAAGUCCAAACAAUAAAAAAAAAAGCA